CGGCGGCGGCGGCAGUCUCAGUAGCGGCGGCAUUAGUGAUAGCAGCGGCGACUGCUUGCGGGGGGACUGAGCCGCGGCCUGAGCAGCGUGCUGAGACCGUCGCGGCCACCUCCCGCCGGGAUGCCCGGGGAACAGAUGGACCCUCCUGAGAGUCAGGUGGAUUCAGAUUUCUCUCAGCAAGGGACACCUUGCCUGAUCAUCGAAGACUCCCAGCUUGAAAGCCAGGCUCAGGAAGAUGAUUCUGGUUCUCACUUUAGCAUGUUAUCCAGACACCUUCCUAAUCUGCAGACCCACAAAGAGAGCUCUGGGCCGGAUAUUGUGGCAGAUGCUACACAAACAGCUGGAAAAGAAAAAGGAGAUAGCAACGAGUUCGUGGAACACUUGAAAGAAAACAAGUCUGCAGAUUCUUCUUCUUCUUUGGACACAGGAAAUACCAGAAGUCAGAUCAUUGAACUUUUACCUCAACCCAAUAGGGAAAGCAGCAUCCUUGGAAUAACAGUAAUAGCUGAUUCUACUGCAGAGGAAGACGAGAAGGAAGAAGAUGCUACAGACUGUACUACACAUUCAGUUGGUGCUGAAGACACUGGUUCAUCACAGUUGGGCUUUGGGGCCCUGGAACUCUCACAGAGCCAAGAUGUUGAGGAACAAACUGUACCAUAUGAAGAAGGCAAAGAGCAACAGUUGCAGCCAGUAACCAAGGAGUCUAGUCUUCUCAAUCCCUCUAAUGUAGAUGCAAAUAUAGAAAUUGAAGAGGAUAAACAUGAAGAUCAGUCCAUUGAAGAUAUACAAGUGGCAGUCCAAAAAGAUACAGAGUCUGAGAGGUCAGAGAAUAUGCCUUCUAUUUCACAAGUACCUCUUACCUAUAUGGAAGCCAAGAUCCAACUUUCACCCCAGGAACUGCUAGAAGAUGAAUUGCAAGUUCAGAAAUCACUUGAAUCUGAGAUUUUGUCAACCCAGGAAGACAUGUUUGAGCAGAGUAGUAGAACAGCUCCUGAUAAUUGCUCUACUCCAAAUGUGGAAGAUGGGUAUUCUUUGGCUUCCACACCAGCUACCACACUGAAACUUCUGCAUCUCUCUGGACAGGGUUCUCUUGUGCAGGAGAGUACCACAACGAGUUCACCAGAUCCAGUUGCUCCUUCACCAGAUGUUUUCCAGCCUACUCCUUUUAUUGUCCCUAGCAGUCCAACAGAACAAGAAGAAAUAAAAGAUGAGCCAAUGGACAUGUCAGCAAUGCCUGAAGUGGAAGGAGAUGUUCUAAAGAACUCCCUGGAAGAAGAAGCAAUGGAGGUAGAAAAUCCUCCCUCUGAACCGACAGUGCUCCCUCAAGCCUCAACACCUGUAUCACAGAGCACACCUCUCUUCACCUCUGAGCCACUUUCUGUCCCAUCACAGCCUGACUUUUCUCAUGAUAUUUUUAUUCCAUCUCCAAGUUUGGAGCAGGGACCAAAUGAAGAAAAGAAUACUGAAGACAGAUGCAAUUCCUCUUUCAUAGUAGAGUGCUCUAAGACCUCACAGACUGAGGAAGAGAAUCCCACUGAGGAUCUUGGACAAUCCCUGACAGCAGAAUCUUGUAAAUUGGUGCUUUCUGCUAGUGAUUGUAGUCAGUCUACAAAGAUGGAGAGUUUGAGCUCUCAGCAAAUUGAUGAAGAUGGUAAAAACACACCGAUUGAAGAUACUGAACCUGUAUCUCAAACUCUGGAGUCUAAAGUUUGUUCCACAGAAAAUUCUAAUAUACAAGUGAACCAAACAAAAGGCAGUCAAGAAGAGCUGAAUGAAAACUGUAAAAAGACAGACGAAGAUGAUGUAAAAAUUACAAAUGAAAUGAACAUUUCAGCCAUUGAAUGCAAAACCAGAGAAGAGAUGGAACAUAUUUGUGUUGAUUUUACAUGUGAUUCAGGAAGCCAAGUACUUCUUUCUGAGGAUCUUCCAUCUGAGGCUCUUCCGGCUGAGACUCAGUUAAAUGAUUUAGAUCAGGAGGUCUCUAUGGAGGCUAAAGAAUAUCAUACAGAGGAGAAGUCUUCAGUUUCUGAGGUUGAAGAAAUUCCUGAAACUCCUUGUGAAACUCAAGAGGAGGAACAGAAAGAAGAGAAAGAAAAGACAGAGAGUAGUCCAGUUCAUCUUUGUCUGACUCAGACUCAAUCGCCAGGACUAUGCCUUCAAGAGAAAAUUCCAAAUCAAGAGUGCCAAAAAGCCAUGGAAGUUAAUACCAGUGCUAGUGGCAGUGAUUCUCCAAAAAAACUACAAGUAUGUGAAGAAGAAUUAGAACAGAAGGAACAAGAAGCUUGGAAGGAGGCCACCUCAGAAAGUGGUGGUGUCAUUAUAGAAGAGAGAGUCACAAAAGAUGAGUCCCCAACUGAUGUUCCCUCUCAAUCUUUUGUGGGAAAAGAGGGACACGAAGAUAUCCAUUCUUGUGUGGAUAUUAAUCCAGGAAUAGAAUCAGGUGCUAAGAGCAAACCAGAUGCUAAGAGAGAGAAGAGCCAAGAAUCUGAAGGAGGUCUGAAAUCAACAACUGAAAAGGAGAACCCUCAGCAAUCUUCAAUUUCUUUAGAAAGAAUAGAUGAUGUACUGAAAACUGAACAGGAGAAGCCACAGCCUUCAGAAAAAGCAGACAAAUUGUUAAUAAAACAUUCACAAAUGGAUACUGAAGAGGAAUUUGGAAGGGAAGUAAAGGCCCAGCAACUUGAGAAAGCAGUUGACCACAGUCCACAGAGCCCCUGUGAAAGCUCCAAUGAAACACCAUUUCAUUUUACUUUGCCUAAGGAAGAUGAUGUUAUCCCACCGUUGACCAACACAACCCCACCUUUGAUUGGGCAUCUUAAAUUAAGUCCAAGGAGACACAGUACUCCUAUUGUUGUGGACAGUUAUUCAGAGAGCCCCUUAGCAACCAGUGAUGUCAUGGCUGAAAGUUCUAUGGGUUCCAACGAUGUUACUGUUGAAAGUGAAAAAGGAGAUUCCAGAGCUGUCCCAGAAGUGGAUGAAAAAUUAUGUCUGAGAAUGAAACUGGUCAGCCCUGAGACUGAGGCGAGUGAAGAGUCCUUGCAAUUUAGUUUGGAAAAGCCUGUAAGUGGUGAAAAGAAAAAUGGAUCCACUGCUGUUGCUGAGUCUGUUGCCAGUUCUCAGAAGACAGUGUCUGUGUUUAGCCGUGUUUGUGAAGUUCAGCAGGAUGAUGAGACCAAAGGCCAUGUUCUACCAUCAGAUCUUAUCAGAGGGGAUUUAUUCAAUUUCCCAAGUACUCAAGAAGUAGAAGAUGAAAAAAUGGAGGAUGAUUCUAGCCCCUGGUCCUGCCAACAACAGCCCAUCAAGCACACUUCUCAUGAUGAGGCUUCUGUUUCUCCAACUGCACAGCAGACUAUCACACAAGUGCCAUCCAGUCCCAAAGGAGGUACUGUGGAAAUUAAUGUGAUAGGAGAUCAACAAGAAGAAUCAAAAAGCAGUCAGGACAAACAUAGUAAAGUCUUGUCUAUGAGCCCCGGAAUUAGAGGGGAAAGCAUUUGGGCCAAUACAAAUAACAAAGAAGUCCAGACAACGGAAUAUUCUCUUUGGGCUCCAACUGUUGUUUCAGUAGCAACACAAACCAUGAAAGAAGUGUGUGAACAAGUAGAGGUGGGGACCAGCAUGGCUGACCAGAGCCUUGGGAGACAGGAUGCUAAGGUACAGACUGAGAAGAGGAAUGCUGAGAAACCUACAAAUAUCUCAGGAGAUGAUACCGAUUCUUUGCACAGCCAGGGAGAAGAAGAAUUUGACUUGCCUCAACCCCCACCUGGCCAGGUCUUACAUCGCCACAUGCGAACUAUACGCGAAGUACGCACACUAAUUACACGUGUUAUCACUGAUGUAUAUUAUGUAGAUGGCACAGAAGUGGAUCGAAAGGUGACUGAGGAGACUGAAGAACCAGUGGUAGAAUGUCAAGAGUGUGAGACUGAAGUCUCUCCAUCACAAACUGGGGGUUCCUCAGGAGACUUAGGGGAUAUCAGCUCUUUUUCCUCCAAGGCAUCUAGUUUGAACCGAAUGUCAAGUGGAGCAAGUAGUGGCCUCUCAGCUGCACAUAGCAGUAGCAGCUCAGGGAAAGGAACUGGACUUGUCAAAGGAAAACCAAGCGGGACAGAACCUGCAGAUUUUGCCUUACCUAGCACAAGAGGAGGCCCAGGAAAACUGAGUCCUAGAAAAGGGGUCACUCAGAUAGGGGCACCUGUGUGUGAGGAGGAUGGUGAUGCAGGCCUUGGCAUCAGACAGGGAGGAAAAACUCCAGUUACACCUCGUGGCAGAGGGCGCAGGGGCCGCCCACCUUCUCGGACAACUGGAACCAGAGAAACAGCUUUGCCUAGUCCACUUGGUGUUGAGGAUAUCUCAACAAGUGUCUCACCAGAUGAUAAACCCUUCACUCGCAUCGUACCCCGUAUGCCAGAUGCCAACAAACGAGCAGAUGGCAGUUCUGCAGUCUUACGCCGUAGUGACUCUCCAGAGAUUCCUUUGCAAGUUGUUGCUGGCCAAUCUGAUGGACUAGACUCUUCUUCUCCAGGAAACAGUUUUGUAGGACUUCGAGUUGUAGCCAAGUGGUCCUCCAAUGGUUAUUUUUACUCUGGGAAAAUAACACGAGAUGUUGGAGCUGGAAAGUACAAGCUGCUUUUUGAUGAUGGAUACGAGUGUGAUGUUUUGGGCAAAGACAUUCUGUUGUGUGACCCUAUCCCACUGGAGACAGAAGUGACAGCCCUAUCGGAGGAUGAAUAUUUCAGUGCAGGUGUGGUAAAAGGACACAGAAAAGAAUCUGGGGAAUUAUACUACAGUAUUGAAAAAGAAGGCCAAAGGAAAUGGUACAAGCGAAUGGCAGUUAUCCUGUCUUUGGAACAAGGAAACAAACUGAGGGAGCAAUAUGGCCUUGGUCCAUAUGAACCAGUAACACCCCUCACCAAAGCAGCAGACAUAAGCUUAGAUAAUCUGGUGGAGGGUAAGCGGAAACGACGAAGUAAUCUCAAUUCCCCAGGCACUCCCACUACCUCCAGCAGCAGUGCCACCGCCACUCCUCCACGUAAAGCCCUUGAAAGUCCCCGAGUUUCCAUGGGACUUCUCUCUGGCAAGAGAAAACUGAUAUGCUCUGAAGAAGAUCGAUCUCCUGCCAAGCGAGGCCGCAAGUCUACCACAAUAAAACCUGGUAAAUCCUCUUCCUCAGAUUCCUCCAGAUACCUUCAUGGCAUGCAGAGGGUAGGACCCUUGGCAAAAGGUACUGUAGGAGUAGGAGAGUUUGUGAGUCCAUGUGAAGGUGGAGAUGGUGCUGGAGAGCCAAUAGCUUUGGAAGAUCAGAGGGGACCUUUGCCUCACAACAAGACUUUGUUUCUGGGCUAUGCUUUUCUCCUCACCAUGGCCACAGCCAAUGACAAGCUAGCCAGCCGCUCUAAAUUACCAGAUGGUCCUACUGGGAGCAGUGAAGAAGAGGAAGAAUUUUUGGAAACUCCCCCUUACAACAAGCAGUAUACAGAGUCUCAGCUCCGAGCAGGAGCUGGCUACAUUCUUGAAGACUUCAAUGAAGCCCAGUGUAAUGUGGCCUAUCAGUGUCUUCUGAUUGCGGAUCAGCACUGUCGGACUCGGAAGUACUUCUUGUGCCUUGCCAGUGGGAUCCCUUGUGUGUCUCAUGUCUGGGUCCAUGAUAGCUGCCAUGCUAACCAGCUCCAGAACUAUCGAAAUUACUUGCUGCCAGCUGGGUAUAGUCUCCAGGAACAGAGGAUACUAGAAUGGCACCCCCGUGAAAAUCCUUUCCAUAAUUUGAAGGUCCUUUUAGUAUCCGACCAGCAGCAAAACUUCCUGGAACUUUGGUCUGAGAUCCUCAUGACUGGGGGAGCAGCCUCAGUGAAGCAGCACCACUCAGUUGCCCAGAACAAAGAUGUUGCUUUGGGGGUAUUUGAUGUUGUAGUAACAGACCCCUCAUGUCCUUCUUCGGUGCUGAAGUGUGCAGAAGCAUUACAGCUGCCUGUGGUGUCACAAGAGUGGGUUAUCCAGUGCCUCAUUGCUGGGGAGAGAGUUGGAUUCAAGCAGCAUCCAAAAUAUAAACAUGAUUAUGUCGCUAACUAAAGAUGCUCAACCCCAUCAAUUUCAUUUCCUGCUAUUGUGAAGACUGUGUUUUAACCAGGUUUUAAAUGUGUCUUGUGUGUAACUGGACUUCAUGCAUGGAUCAUUGUAUAUAGUUUUCUUUGCUGGACUUUUAUGAUAAAAUAAAUGUUGAAUCUCUUUGGUUGUA